CGAGGAGCUUAAACGUAGAAUCUGCUGAUCUGAACUUUCCCUUAAUUUUCUCCUUAACUUCCGAGUCGGAAACGAGCUUCGGUGUCGCACUGAAAACUGACCUACAGGAGCCUUUUAAAUGACCUUUACAGCGAACAUUACGGCGCACACCUGCCUCUUUUCAUCCAUAAACAUUAUAUAGGUUUUUCACCGCGCAUACAGAACAUGCGUGAUGCUCUUAUGUGCGUAAAAGACGUUUUACUUUUUGCCCGUUUAAGUUAAUUUAACGCGGAUGAAGCGGAACCUUCUCACCGCGCCUUCGUCCGGACGCUUUUAGGGACGGACCACACCGAGACGCUGCUGAAAAUGGAAACGGGCUGAAUUUUAUUUUCUUUCCCAAGUUAGUGAUUUAAAUAUCUGUUUGUAAGCGAGUGGAGUGAUCAGUGGAUCAGGUGAUAAACAUGUGGAGGAAAGGCUCGUCUCAAACCUCUGACCGCUUCGAAUAUUUACAAACUCUGGUGACUGAAUUUCAGGACACCGACAGUGAAGAGGCAAAGGAACAGGUGCUGGCUAACCUCGCCAAUUUCGCAUAUGACCCGAAGAACAUUGAGUAUCUGAGGGAGCUUCAGGUGACCGACCUCUUCCUGGACAUGUUGACUGAGGAGAAUGAGAACUUUGUGGAGUUCGGGAUGGGGGGGUUGUGUAACCUCAGUAUGGACCCUGAGUGCAGAGACAUCAUCCUGCAGAGUAGUGGGAUCAGCUUGGUCACCAACUGUCUAUCAAACCACAGGGAAGAGACCGUCCUGUCAGCCGUUACCACACUCAUGAACCUCAUGACGCCCUCGUCCCGCUCCGACAUCACAGACCCGGCCAUCCUGCAGUGCAUGCUGCGCUUCUCCCUCUCAGAGAGCCCCCGCCUGCGCAACCUGGCCACCGUGUUUCUGCAGGACUGCUGCACCGAGGAGCAGGUGUCCCGGGCGGAGCAGCAGAUGCAGGGUCAGCAAACAGCAGUCGGGAUCCCGCUGCCCAAGGACAGCUGAGGAUUCUGCUCUUCACCCCUCCAUCAUCAUGUAAAUUUGUAUAUUGCCAGGUUUUACUAGUUUUUACUGUUUUUGUAUUUUGUGCACUGGUUUUUUGUAACUUCACUUUCUUUUUUCUUUAGAUUGUAAGUACUUUUUUUUGCACAUUGUUCCUUACACUUGAAUCGUAUGCACACUUCGGCACUUUAUCCUUUUCUCCUGUUUUUGCUUGUGAGCUGCCUAACAAGCGAAUUUCUCUGCUGUGGGAUCAAUAAAGUGCUAUCUUAUCUUAUCUUAUCUUAUUUUAUCUUAUCUUAUCUUAUCUUAUUUUAUCUUAUGUCAGUUAAAUUCUGUUGGGUAGGUUCACUUUCUGUGUCUGUGGCUUGUUGGCCCUUCUUGUUGCCUGUUUGAUGUCUUUUAAUGAGCUUUUAUUUGUUUUGAGGUCUUUAUUAUUUGUGUAAAAGUCCAAAUAAACUCUGUCGU